AUGGAAGAAAAUGAUUUAUUUUUCAAAUUAAUUUCUCAAAAACAUUUGUUAACAAAUAUUUUAAAUAAUUUAUCAUUUAAAGAUUGUUACAAUUUAAUUAGUAAAAAUGAAAUUAAUUAUAAAUGGACAAAUAGUAAAUGUGAACAUAUAAUUGAUUCUGAAUUAUUAAUUGAGAAAUUAAUACUUGGAAUAAAUUUUUUUCCUAAUGCAAAUGAAUAUUACCUCAAUAAAAAGAUAAAUAAAUAUAUAGAGGUUGAAAGUAGAAACAAAAAAAUGACAACUAACGAUAUUACAAAGUUAUAUUGUAAUAAGUCUAUUCAAUUAAUAAAUGAAAUAACUUCAAUAAAAGGAUUAUUUAUUGAUAGUUCAUAUCUACCCAAAGAAAAAACUUUAGAAGAUGUUAUAAAAGAAAUUAAAAAUUGUAAUGUACAAGAAUUGGAUAUCAAUCUUAAGGAUAACAUUUUUGAUGAAAAAAAUGGUCAAGUAAUUUUUAAUACUACGGAGAAUGUUUUUAAUGGAUUUACCAAUCUUAAAAAGAUAAAAUUUGUAGUUGAGGAUUUUAUUCUUACUGAUGUUUACAAAAAUAUUAUUAACAUUAUUAGUAAUAUUGAUGGAAUGACUAUUGAAAUUGAAUGCUCAAAAACAUCUUUUUCUGAUUUUGUUUCUGAAAUUUUUAUAAAAAGUGAAGAUUUCAUGUUAACAAAUAUUUUAAGGAAGAAGAUUAAUUUAAUAAUUACCAGAUAUUAUUUUAAAAUAUCUCAUCUUCUUGCUUGGCUUGAAAUUUUAACUAUUUCAGAUCUUAGUUAUUUAAAAAGUUUAUAUUUAUGUUUACCAACUAUUAAUCGUUUUCGAAAAUUUACCACAUUUCUACCAUACAUGGUUAAUCUUGAAUGGCUUGGAAUUAAAUUUGAUAUCAAAGUUUUUGCCAUAAUGGUUGAAUUUAGUACUUUAAGAAAGUUACAUGAAUAUGAGGAAUUUUUUUAUAAAUCAUUUAAAAAUUUAGAAAAAUUAAAAACAAUACAAAUUGAAUGUAUACUUACUCCUAAAGAUAGUUGUAUGAAAGGACAUAGUUGGAUUGUGGCAAAUGAUGGAGAUAUUAUUGAUUCUAAAAUAAUUAUUCAAAAUGAAAUAUUUUCAUUUCUUAGUUAUGGUCCAAAAUCUUUAAAAAAUUUGUUUAUUUCAGGAAUAUCAAAUUUAUCAUGUAGUGAGACACUCUUGUUAAGUCAAUUUUUUCCUAAUUUAAAAUUAUUAUAUUUACGAAAUAUUGUUAAAAGUGAGAAUGAUUGUUUGAAAUAUUUUAAAAAUCUUGAAUUUUAUGUUUGCUGUAAUGUUGGAAAUCUUUAUUUACCAGAUAAUGUUGAUAUUUGUUUAGUUUGUAACAAAAAUAAUUUAUUUGAAGAGAUAAUUAAUAAUAAUAUGUUUAUGGAAUGUUGUGAAUACCAGAUAAAAUCUAAUAAAUUUACAAAAACAUGUACUUUGGAUGGUGAUAUUAAAGGAAAAGUAUUUUUUAAUCAUUUUUAUCAAUUGUAUGGUAUUCAUAAAUAUUUAAAGAAUAUCUACGAGGUUAUUAUGUCUUUGGGUUAUUAA